AUGGAGGUGCAUGGUGCAGGUUGAAAUAAGUCUUCUCUGCUUCCCCCUCUCUCCCAGCUGUUUCUGCCCCCCCAAGCCUUUGCAGUGUCCCAAUUCUACGACUUGGUUGGUCCCAGCGUCUGAGUUCUUAGUGCCGGAGUCGACCCCGGGCACAGCCGGGGUUUGGUGAUCCGGAUAAUCGCCUAGGCCCAACUUCGGACCGCGCUCUCGAUUUCUGUCUCGUCCGGCGCUCGGACGCGGAAUCCGAGUGGGUCCCUUGAGGCUGGAGGGUAGAUCUUAAGGAUCAAGGCGAUGAUGACUGAGUGUGCCAGCCUUCAGUUUGUCAGCCCUUUUGCUUUUGAAGCCAUGCAGAAGGUGGAUGUUGUUCGCUUGGCAUCUCUAAGUGACCCGGAACUAAGGCUUCUCUUGCCCUGCUUGGUGAGGAUGGCACUUUGUGCCCCUGCUGACCAGAGUCAAAGCUGGGCUCAGGAUAAGAAACUUAUUCUUCGCCUUCUGUCUGGAGUGGAAGCCGUCAACUCCAUUGUUGCUCUCCUGUCUGUGGACUUCCAUGCUCUGGAACAAGACGCCAGCAAGGAGCAGCAGCUCAGGCAUAAACUUGGCGGAGGCAGUGGAGAGAGCAUCCUGGUAUCACAGCUUCAGCAUGGACUGACACUAGAAUUUGAACACAGUGAUUCACCUCGUCGAUUACGGCUUGUGCUUAGUGAACUGUUGGCCAUUAUGAAUAAGGUAUCGGAGUCCAAUGGAGAGUUUUUCUUUAAGUCGUCUGAGCUCUUUGAGAGUCCAGUGUACUUGGAGGAAGCUGCAGAUGUUCUUUGUAUUUUACAAGCAGAGCUCCCUUCCUUGCUUCCUAUAGUUGAUGUAGCCGAAGCCUUGCUACAUGUUAGAAAUGGUGCCUGGUUCUUAUGUCUCUUGGUAGCCAAUGUUCCUGAUAGUUUUAACGAAGUUUGUAGGGGCCUGAUCAAAAAUGGAGAACGACAAGAUGAAGAAAGUCUUGGAGGGAGGCGCAGGACAGAAGCCUUGCGAUUCUUAUGCAGAAUGAACCCUUCUCAGGCCCUGAAGGUCCGGGGCGUGGUGGUGGAAGAAUGUCACUUGCCAGGCCUUGGAGUAGCUUUGACAUUGGAUCAUACUAAAACUGAAACUUGUGAAGAUGGAGUGAGUGACUUGGUUUGCUUUGUUAGUGGCUUGCUUCUUGGAACAAAUGCAAAAGUCAGGACUUGGUUUGGAACCUUUAUUCGAAAUGGACAACAGAGGAAAAGGGAGCCCAGCGGUUCUGUCCUUUGGCAGAUGAGGAGACAGCUUCUCCUGGAGUUGAUGGGCAUUCUUCCUACAGUCAGGAGCACCCGCAUUGUCGAAGAAGCCGAGGUGGAGAUGGAGCCCACUGUGUCUGUGUACUCGGGGCUGAAGGAAGAGCAUGUUGUGAAAGCCAGCGCACUCUUACGUCUGUACUGUGCCUUGAUGGGGAUUGCUGGACUCAAACCAACUGAAGAAGAAGCUGAGCAGUUGCUGCAGCUGAUGACCAGCCGCCCGCCUGCCACACCGGCUGGGGUUCGAUUUGUCUCCCUUUCCUUCUGUAUGCUGCUGGCCUUUUCUACACUUGUCAGCACCCCAGAGCAGGAGCAGCUGAUGGUGGUGUGGCUCAGCUGGAUGAUCAAAGAGGAGGCGUACUUUGAGAGUACAUCAGGGGUCUCUGCUUCUUUUGGGGAGAUGCUGUUAUUGGUGGCCAUGUAUUUCCAUAGCAACCAGCUUAGCGCUAUCAUUGACUUAGUCUGUUCCACUCUGGGCAUGAAGAUUGUGAUUAAGCCAAGCUCCUUGAGCAGGAUGAAGACCAUCUUCACACAGGAGAUCUUUACUGAGCAGGUUGUCACAGCUCAUGCAGUUCGAGUCCCUGUCACCAGCAACCUGAGUGCCAACAUUACUGGGUUUCUGCCCAUUCAUUGUAUUUACCAACUUCUCAGGAGUCGAUCGUUUACUAAGCACAAAGUGUCAAUAAAAGACUGGAUUUACAGACAGCUGUGUGAAACCUCCACUCCACUCCACCCUCAGCUACUUCCUCUGAUUGAUGUGUACAUAAACUCUAUACUUACUCCAGCAUCUAAAUCAAAUCCUGAAGCCACAAAUCAGCCAGUCACAGAACAGGAGAUACUUAACAUUUUCCAGGAAGUCAUUGGGGGUGACAGCGCCCGCCUCAAUCAGCGCUUCAGCAUCACGGCGCAGCUCUUGGUGCUCUAUUACACCCUUUCCUAUGAGGAAGCGCUCCUGGCAAACACAAAGACUUUGGCUUCCAUGCAAAGGAAACCCAAAUCAUAUUCUUCUUCUUUAAUGGACCAGAUUCCUAUCAAGUUCCUUAUUCGACAGGCUCAAGGACUGCAGCAAGAGUUGGGAGGGCUGCACUCAGCUUUACUGCGUCUUCUAGCAACCAAUUACCCACAUUUGUGUAUUGUGGAUGACUGGAUCUGUGAAGAAGAAAUCACAGGGACUGAUGCGCUGUUACGGCGGAUGCUCCUGACUAGUAAUGCCAAAAACCACUCUCCGAAACAACUGCAGGAAGCAUUUUCAGCUGUGCCAGUAAGUCACACACAAGUGAUGCAGAUUAUGGAGCACUUGACUCUACUUUCUGCCAGUGAACUUAUACCGUAUGCAGAAGUAUUAACAUCCAAUAUGAACCAGCUGCUGAAUCCAGGGGUUCCACGGAGAAUUCUUCAAACUGUCAAUAAGUUAUGGAUGGUUCUCAAUACUGUGAUGCCAAGAAGGUUGUGGGUAAUGACGGUUAAUGCACUCCAACCUUCCAUAAAGUUUAUACGACAACAAAAAUAUACCCAGAAUGAUUUGAUGAUAGAUCCUCUCAUUGUCUUGAGAUGUGACCGGAGGGUUCACAGGUGCCCCCCACUGAUGGAUAUUACUCUACACAUGCUGAAUGGGUAUCUUCUUGCAUCUAAAGCUUACCUUAGUGCCCAUUUGAAGGAGACAGCAGAGCAAGAUCGGCCUUCCCAGAACAAUACAGUAGGUUUGCUUGGACAGGCUGAUGCCCCGGAAGUUACCAGAGAAGAGCUGAAAAAUGCAUUACUGGCUGCUCAGGAUAGUGCAGCUGUCCAGAUCCUCUUGGAGAUUUGUUUGCCUACUGAAGAGGAAAAGGCGAAAGGUGCCAGUCCAGACAUGUCCCUCAGGAAUACUCAAAGUGUCAUUACCAGCAGCACACCACAUAAAGAAACGGAGGAAGGAGAAGCCAGUCUGCUCUGUAACCUUCGUGAAGUCCAGUGCCUUAUCUGUUGCUUGCUGCACCAGAUGUACAUUGCAGAUCCCAACAUUGCUAAACUUGUUCACUUCCAGGGCUAUCCAUGCGAACUUCUGCCUCUGACAGUUGCGGGGAUCCCUUCUAUGCACAUCUGUCUGGAUUUUAUACCGGAGCUUAUCGCGCAACCUGAACUUGAAAAACAGAUAUUUGCUAUACAGCUGCUUUCUCAUUUGUGUAUCCAGUAUGCAUUACCAAAGUCACUUAGUGUGGCUCGUUUAGCUGUCAAUGUCAUGGGAACUUUGCUAACAGUCCUAACACAGGCUAAACGGUAUGCUUUCUUCAUGCCGACUCUUCCCAGUCUGGUCUCCUUUUGUCGAGCAUUCCCUCCACUGUAUGAGGAUAUCAUGUCUUUGCUGAUUCAGAUAGGCCAAGUGUGUGCCUCUGAUGUUGCCACUCAGACUAGAGACAUCGAUCCCAUCAUCACACGUCUUCAACAAAUAAAGGAGAAACCAAAAGGAUGGUCUCCAAUCUGUAAAGAUCCAUCUUACAAAAAUGGAUCCAGGGACACUGGAAGCAUGGAUCCCGAUGUCCAGCUCUGUCAUUGUAUUGAAAGCACAAUAAUUGAAAUAAUAAACAUGAGCGUUAGUGGAAUUUGAAAAAAAAAAUUAAACAAAUGAAGCUGUUUGCUGCAUAUCCCCAACAGGAACCUGGCCUUUAUGACAGCUCUAAACGGGUUGGAAACAGUGAGGUCUUGAAACUGCAGAGACGGUUCCAUUCAACACAAGUAUAAUUUAGAACCCUGAGGAUUAUACUUGCUUAUGUUUGAUGGGCAUAUCUGUGGAUCUGCUCUGAUGGUAUGUUUAUAUUAUAGCAGCUGAACUUUUCCAUUGGGAAUACUUUAAGAAACCCGUUUCUAGAAAGGGAUUGGGCCAUGCACUUAGCUUGUGAAAAGAGAUUGCCAGACAUUUAAUUCCUUACAAAAAUGAGCCUGUGGAUAUCCCUCGUAUCUGUGAGUUUUUAACAGUUCUCCACAAAGCGAGAAGGAGAGGACGGAGAAAGAGGGAUGUGGGGAAGGAGUAAUUCAGGAAAAAUUACCAGUUAACUACACAAAAAUCUCAGACUUGUAAUGCAAGAAACAGUAAUGCAGGUGGGAAUUCUAGUUUGUUAGAAACAGUAGUAAGAAGGCUUUAAAAAAGGCAGGUUACCGCUUGCCUUUAGAUCCUAGCCCUAGGGAGAAAGGCAGAGGCAGGUGGAUCUCUGUUUUUGAGGCCAGCCUGGUCUAUAUAGUGAGUUAUAGGACAGCCAGAGCUACAUAAAGAAACCCUGUCAAAAACAAACAAAACAAAAAAAACAAGUAAAUGACUGCCUUGGAGUUAUAGAUGAACAAUAAAAAGAUUUUACAUGUCUGCUUCAAUUUUUCCUAAUAUAUGAAGCCAUAUGUUUAAAGAGAUACUUGAAUAAUUUGAAAUUUUAAGAUACUGAUUGUAAAGUAGUUACAGAAAACAUCUUUGUGCAAAGAAUAACCUGAAAGUGAAUUUCAUUUAUUCUUUUUUAAAUUUAUUUUUGUAAUACUGUAUUAUCUAAUUCUCAGAGGAGCAAAGAUAUAGCAAAUGAAUUUUAGAGCAAUAAACCCCAAUAGAGCUCUUGGUUCAUGAUCAAGAUUAUAACUCAUAUUUUACUUUGAGGAGAUCUUUGAGUAAGAUCUUUGAACCUCAGGAAAAAUUAUAAUGUGGAAAAUACUGUGUUGCUGAUGUUUGCGGUCCUCUGUUGGGAACUUCAUGAUUAAGUAGAUGCAUUCAGAUAACCAUAAUCAUUUUUAAAAAUUAAGUAGCCAGCGUAGAAGGUACUUCUUUGCUCUCUAAGAAAUACCUCAACCAUUUGCCACCCCACUCAAAACAGACUUCUCAUUAAAGAAGGUAGGAAGCUAAAAGGAAAGUUUGUCUUUACAAUGAACAGUUUCUCUUCACCCUCUCCACUAGUACAUAGCCACAUCUCACGUUCCCUCUGCUGCUCCUGACCCUACCUCAUGAAGGUGUUCUAUAAAAACCGCUAAUAGCCGUUUCCAAUCAUGAAGUGCAUAGUAUCAUGCAUGAUGGCAUAUAUAUAAUUUUUUAUUAGAUGCUUAAUGUUCAAUUAAGUAAUUUUGAUGUGAAGAGUAAAAGAAUAUGCUUUACUGAUAUACCAUAAAAUUUUUCAUAUUUUUUAAUGAGGCAGUUUUGUAGUCUCUUAAGAUUAAAUACAACUGCUCCUAUUUUGUUUUUAAAUGAGGCCUUUCUGGAAUGUUUUGUGUGAAUAGUAGAAUCCUUUAGGAAUUCAAAAACGUUCGAAGUAUGUUUUGUAAUGAAAUGCAGUGGAUCAAUUUUCAAAGACUGGUCAUAACCUACUGUGUUAAAGUAAUAACAUAGGCUCUUUUUCAUCCAGUUUGUUGAUGAUGUAAAUAAAGUGUGUAAAUAAUAUUAGUAAAUGUUAAUAUUCAUGUAUCUUAAGUUAACAUUAUAAACUUUGUCACAAUGUGAUUUUUUAUUGACGUCAAAACAGAUGUA